AUGGCGGGCUACGCGCGCCGCCCGGGCGUCACCCCGCUGUCCCGGGCCCGAAGCCUCGUCAUUCCGGACGCUCCCGCGUUCUAUGAGCGCCGGUCUUGUCUCCCCCAGCUAGACUGUGAGCGCCCCCCAGCCAGGGACCUGGAGUCCCACUUCUUCGGCAUUCGGCCGACGUUUAUGUGCUAUGUGCCCAGUCCGGUGCUAGCUUCCGUGGGAGACACAGAUUUUGGCUAUGGAAAGGGGAAGUGUGCUAAGCAAGGUCCACCAGGAGCUCAGAACACACACUUUGGAGAUGAUAAACUUGGAGAUCUCGAGGCGGCAAACCCAUUCUCCUUUAAAGAGUUCUUGAAGACCAAGAACCUGGGCCUGCCGAAAGAGGCCUCCGACAGCAGAGUUUACUCAGAGGAAGCCACGAGGCACUCGCUGGGACUCGACCGCACCUCCCCAGCUUCCCAAACUGUGGGCUAUGGCCUGGAAUAUCAGCAGCCGUUUUUUGAAGACCCAACGGGGGCUGGCGACCUCCUGGACGAGGACGAGGACGGGGACGAUGGGUGGAACGGGGCCUACCUGCCGUCCGCCAUGGAGCAGACGCACUCCUCCAGGGUAGCCGCCAGCACAUCGCCCUGCAGCACGUACGUCUCCUUUUUCUCCAACACGUCGGAGCUGGUGGGGCCCGAGUCUCUGCCCCCAUGGACGCUGAGCGACUCUGACUCUCGCAUCUCCCCGACGGGGAGCCCCAGCGCUGACUUCACAGCCCACGGAGAGAGUCUGGGGGACAGGCACCUUCGGACGCUGCAGAUAAGUUACGAAGCACUGAAAGAUGAGAAUUCUAAGCUAAGAAGAAAGCUGACUGAGGUUCAGAGCUUCUCUGAAACUCAAACAGAAAUGGUGAGGACACUUGAGCGGAAGUUAGAAGCGAAAAUGAUCAAGGAGGAGAGUGACUAUCACGACCUGGAGUCCGUGGUGCAGCAGGUGGAGCAGAAUCUGGAGCUCAUGACUAAACGGGCAGUAAAGGCAGAAAAUCACGUCCUGAAACUGAAACAGGAAGUCAGCUUGCUCCAGGCCCAGAUCUCUAACUUCAAGCGUGAGAACGAAGCCCUGCGGUCAGGCCAGGGCGCCAGCCUGACGGUGGUGAAGCAGAACACGGACGUGGCCCUGCAGAACCUCCGCGUGGUCAUGAACAACGCGCACGCCUCCAUCAAGCAGCUAGUUUCUGGAGCUGAAACGUUGAAUCUCGUUGCUGAAAUCCUUAAAUCUAUAGACAGAAUUUCUGAAAUUAAAGACCAAGGGGAGGAGUCGUGA